UGGGAUGGAGAUGGUGGGCACUGGGUCUGGGCCCAGGGGCAGAGCCAGGAGAGAGCAGGCCUUGCUCAGGUGAGGACUGAGGGGGCUGGGAGAGGACUGGGGUUCACUGGGCCUGGAGGAUGGGGAGGCCCACAGGGUACAGGGCCUCACUACAGGCCUGUCUUGGCAAGGAGCGCCCUUAGAGGGUCCUAGAGGUCAUAUUCCUGUAGGGAACGCUGCCCCCUGCUGCUCUGGCCCCUGUCCAACUGCAUCUUUCUCUGACAGUCUUUCCCUCUUGCUCCUCUGAGAGCCCAAGGGUGUGGAGAGCACAAGGCCAAAGGGAAGGUUAAGGGUUUGGAGGAUCCAAGGGGGCAGGGAUGCUGUGGGAGGGCAAGAUCAGAGAUGUCAGAGGGGCGGGAGUCUAAGCCCUUCUCGGUGUGUGCGCGCGCGCGCGCGCGUGUGUGUGUGUGUGUGUGUGUGUGUGUGUGUGUGAGCGCGACUAUGUAUACAGGGUGUGUACAUGUGUGGGUGUGUGCACAAUGCCUGUGUUACGGGGCUGUGUAGGUGGCUGUGAUGUGUGUGCAUAUGUGUAUACAUCAUGCAGCGAUGGGACACAGAGACCCAGCCAGUGGUGUGUGCUUUUCAGGUUUGCUCUGUGUGCAUGCAGUGUUGUGUGCUGUGUUCUCUGUACAUGUUGCUGCCUGCAGCACUAAUAACAGGAUGUCCUGUGUUUCUGUCACUCUGCCCCCUUCUGUGUUUCUGCUAUUCUCUUCCUUGCAACAGUGAGUCUUUGUAAGCAUGUGUGUGGGGCUUCUGCGUACCUGUGUGAGUUCCUAGGUCUUGGCUCCCGGUGCUAUUUGCUUCUAAGGUUAUAUUGCUUCCAAGAACCAAGCAAACCAAUUAGCAAAUUCUUUUUUCUUCUAUUCAUGCUUUGGUUCCAGAGCAGAAUUUUAGUGUCUGGAAAGUUAGACUUUAUGCUUUUCUUGGGCAUGUGAAAAUAAAGGCUGAGCCUUGUUCCCUGAAGUGAGAGAGAGGCAGCCAUAACGGAGAAGUGCGGAGAAAUGACAGGAAAGGCGGUGUCCAGGACCUUUGGACACACUUGUUAGCCUGUAACAGAGCAGUAAUGCAUUGCUUCUUGGUAGCAAUCAUGAGUGCUGGUGUCAGAGGCAGUGAAGAGACAGAAUGAGAAAAGGCUUGUCCCAAGAAUGCCUGGAUAUUGUUGUAGUUUUCUUGUGAAUGAACGCUGUUCUGUGCUUUUGCCGAUGGGAAGACCUUUGUGUGGGAUUGAGGUGUGUCCUUGUGCAGAUGGCACCCAGGGUCAUGCUGUACCCAGGCACACAUCUUGGGGUAAACCAGCAUUACCCUGUGAGGGGGACACGUGUGUGUCUUCCGUGAUACACGUCCAUUUCUGUCGUGUGUUGCCCACCAUAGCCUGCAAGGCUCAGGCCACCAGUCCACCCCAGCAGCGUGCGUGUGGCUGUCCGUGGCUAAACAUGUGGGCCUCAAGGCCUCUCCAGGUUCUGUGGUGUCUCUGUUUGCAGCUGUGUGUCUGGUGAGUGCAGAGAUUCCUUUUAUUUCUGUAUUGCGGUCUCCAUACGCUGUUCAGCCCCAGCCCAGUGUGUCUCUGUGCUGUCUACACGUGUUUCUGGGAGACUGACUGGUCGGGUUCUUGUGUCAUGGGAUCCGGAUUUUUGUAUGCAACUCUGACAUCUGGGUUUCUUAAGUGAAGGAAAGCCCGGGACUGAUUCUAGGGGAAUCUGCAACUCUGCAAGUGUUCAGUGAAAAUGUAGUAUGGCCCUCCCUGGUUCUGUUCUGGAACCUAGAGGGUUAACAGGCAGCUCUUCCGGUCCACCCCCCCCCAGCCGGUAGCUUCUUGUUGCCGUGGAGAUGGUGGCCCCGCCCCUGAUGCAGCACCUGCCCCCCCAUUGGCUGCAGUGGUGACUGUGGGGCUGAGGGGGAGCCCAGGCCUGGGCAGCCAUUCUGGAGCUGGAGCCGGAGCUCGGCACCCCCCCACUUUCAUUCUCCUCCAGCCCCUCGGCCCCUGGGCCCCUCGAAAUUCCCUGCCAGCAGAGCCUCAGCUUUCUUCCUCCGUGCUGCCGUUCUUCUAGGCCCUCGGCAGGCGGAGCCUGAGCCGCAUUCACCUUCCCCCCCUCCUCUUCGACCCUUGCUCGAGGAGUCCCCAGCACCCCCACUGCCCAUCUUGCCCACUCCCUGCCCGCUCCCCUGUAGUCUCUCCUUCCCCUUUCCGCCCGUUCCCUUCGGAGUCCCUGCCACUGCAGUGCACGUGGAGCCGGCUCUUUUCCCCCUCCCCCACCUGCUCCUUCCUUGGAUUUUCUGUCCCUAGUUUGUGCUCUGCCACCCCUCCCGGGUCCCUUCUAGGGGCUCCCCCUCUACCCGGGAGGGAGGGGGUCAUGGGAGGUAAUCCGAGUGCUCCAGACGGACAAGGGUUCUGGGAGGUGCAGGGGAGGAGGACGAUGUCCCUGUCCCGGAGGAGAGGAGAGCCUGCCUGCGGGCAAUGACCUUUAACCCAGCUUCCCCCUCAGCCAGCCCAUCUGGGGACUCCCGUCUUUAUUCCUGGGGUUCCCCGACCUUCUGGCCAUGCGCGCCUGCUGACCGCCACCCUCAGUCAUGGGCUUGAGGCCCCCCACUCCGUCCCCCUCGGGGGGCUCGGGCUCGGGUUCCUUGCCCCCACCUUCCCGCCGCCAGCCUCUGCGCCGCCGCUGCUCUUCUUGCUGCUUCCCGGGGGAAUACCACUUGGGUCGCUCGCGGAGGAAGAGUGUCCCAGGGGGAAAGCAGUACAGCAUGGAGGCCGCCCCCGCUGCGCCCUUCCGGCCCUCGCAAGGCUUCCUGAGCCGAAGGCUAAAAAGCUCCAUCAAACGCACGAAGUCACAGCCCAAACUUGACCGGACCAGCAGCUUUCGCCAGAUCCUGCCUCGAUUCAGAAGCGCUGACCAUGACCGGGCCCGGCUGAUGCAAAGCUUCAAGGAGUCGCACUCCCAUGAGUCUCUGCUGAGUCCCAGCAGUGCAGCCGAGGCCCUGGAGCUCAACCUGGAUGAAGACUCCAUCAUCAAACCUGUGCACAGCUCCAUCCUGGGCCAGGAGUUCUGUUUCGAGGUGACAACGUCGUCAGGGACAAAGUGUUUUGCCUGUCGGUCCGCAGCCGAAAGGGACAAAUGGAUCGAGAACCUGCAGCGGGCAGUAAAACCCAACAAGGACAACAGCCGCCGUGUGGACAACGUGCUGAAGCUGUGGAUCAUAGAGGCGCGGGAGCUGCCCCCCAAGAAGCGGUACUACUGCGAGCUCUGCCUGGAUGACAUGCUGUAUGCACGUACCACCUCCAAGCCACGUUCAGCCUCAGGGGACACUGUCUUCUGGGGCGAGCACUUCGAGUUUAACAACCUGCCGGCCGUGCGUGCCCUGCGGCUGCACCUGUACCGUGACUCAGACAAAAAACGCAAGAAGGACAAGGCGGGCUACGUUGGCCUGGUGACUGUGCCCGUGGCCACCCUGGCUGGGCGUCACUUCACAGAGCAGUGGUACCCCGUGACCCUGCCAACCGGCAGUGGGGGGUCCGGGGGCAUGGGCUCGGGCGGGGGCGGUGGCUCUGGGGGCGGCUCUGGGGGCAAGGGCAAGGGGGGCUGCCCGGCCGUGCGGCUGAAGGCGCGCUACCAGACCAUGAGCAUCCUGCCCAUGGAGCUGUACAAGGAGUUCGCCGAGUACGUCACCAGCCACUACCGCAUGCUGUGCGCAGUGCUGGAACCUGCCCUGAGCGUCAAGGGCAAGGAGGAGGUGGCCAGCGCGCUGGUCCACAUCCUGCAGAGCACAGGCAAGGCCAAGGACUUCCUUUCCGACAUGGCCAUGUCAGAGGUAGACCGGUUCAUGGAACGGGAGCACCUCAUCUUCCGAGAGAACACGCUUGCCACUAAAGCCAUAGAAGAGUACAUGAGGCUGAUUGGGCAGAAAUACCUCAAGGAUGCCAUAGGGGAGUUCAUCCGUGCCCUAUACGAAUCCGAGGAGAACUGCGAGGUUGACCCCAUCAAGUGCACGGCGUCCAGUCUGGCAGAGCACCAGGCCAACCUGCGCAUGUGCUGUGAGUUGGCCCUGUGCAAGGUGGUCAACUCCCACUGCGUGUUCCCGAGGGAGCUGAAGGAGGUGUUCGCUUCCUGGCGGCUGCGCUGCGCAGAGCGGGGCCGGGAGGACAUUGCCGACAGGCUGAUCAGCGCCUCGCUCUUCCUGCGCUUCCUCUGCCCGGCCAUCAUGUCACCCAGCCUGUUCGGGCUCAUGCAGGAGUACCCGGACGAGCAGACCUCACGCACGCUCACCCUCAUCGCCAAGGUCAUCCAGAACUUGGCCAACUUCUCCAAGUUUACCUCAAAGGAGGACUUCCUGGGUUUCAUGAACGAGUUUCUGGAGCUGGAGUGGGGCUCCAUGCAGCAGUUCCUGUACGAGAUCUCCAACCUGGACACGCUGACCAACAGCAGCAGCUUUGAGGGCUACAUCGACCUGGGCCGGGAGCUUUCCACGCUGCACGCCCUGCUCUGGGAGGUGCUGCCCCAGCUCAGCAAGGAGGCCCUCCUGAAGCUGGGCCCGCUGCCCCGGCUCCUGAAUGACAUCAGCACAGCCCUGCGGAAUCCCAAUAUCCAGAGACAGCCGAGCCGCCAGAGCGAGCGGCCCCGGCCUCAGCCCAUGGUGCUGCGGGGGCCUUCAGCUGAGAUGCAGGGCUACAUGAUGCGGGACCUCAACAGCUCCAUCGACCUUCAGUCCUUCAUGGCUCGAGGCCUCAACAGCUCCAUGGACAUGGCUCGCAUUCCCUCCCCAACCAAGGAGAAGCCGCCCCCACCGCCGCCUGGUGGGGGCAAAGACCUGUUCUACGUGAGCCGGCCGCCGCUGGCCCGCUCCUCGCCGGCCUACUGCACGAGCAGCUCAGACAUCACGGAGCCAGAGCAGAAGAUGCUGAGCGUCAACAAGAGCGUGUCCAUGCUGGACCUGCAGGGAGAUGGGCCUGGUGGCCGCCUCAACAGCAGCAGUGUUUCCAACCUGGCGGCUGUUGGGGACCUGUUGCACUCCAGCCAGGCCUCUCUGACGGCAGCCCUGGGGCUGCGGCCCGCGCCUCCUGGACGCCUCUCCCAGGGGAGUGGCUCCUCCAUCACGGCAGCCGGCAUGCGCCUCAGCCAGAUGGGGGUCACCACGGACGGUGUCCCUGCCCAGCAACUGCGCAUCCCCCUCUCCUUCCAGAACCCUCUCUUCCAUAUGGCGGCUGAUGGCCCAGGGCCUCCGGCAGGCCACGGAGGAGGUGGCGGCCAUGCCCCACCCUCCUCCCAUCACCACCACCACCACCAUCACCACCACCGAGGUGGGGAACCCCCAGGGGACACCUUUGCCCCAUUUCACGGCUACAGCAAGAGCGAGGACCUCUCCUCGGGGGUCCCUAAGCCCCCCGCAGCCUCCAUCCUUCACAGCCACAGCUAUAGUGAUGAGUUUGGACCCUCUGGCACUGACUUCACCCGUCGGCAGCUCUCACUCCAGGACAACCUGCAGCACAUGCUGUCCCCUCCCCAGAUCACCAUCGGUCCCCAGCGGCCUGCCCCCUCGGGGCCCGGAGCAGGGAGUGGUGGGGGCGGCGGUGGGGGCAGCGGCGGGGGCCAGCCGCCUCCCCUGCAGAGGGGGAAGUCCCAGCAGUUGACAGUCAGCGCGGCCCAGAAACCCAGGCCAUCCAGCGGGAACCUGUUGCAGUCCCCAGAGCCCAGUUACGGCCCCGCCCGUCCACGGCAACAGAGUCUCAGCAAGGAGGGCAGCAUUGGGGGCAGCGGGGGCAGCGGUGGCGGAGGGGGUGGGGGGCUCAAGCCCUCCAUCACCAAGCAGCAUUCUCAGACGCCUUCCACGCUGAACCCCACGAUGCCAGCCUCGGAGCGGACCGUGGCCUGGGUCUCCAACAUGCCUCACUUGUCCGCCGACAUCGAGAGUGCCCACAUUGAGCGGGAAGAGUAUAAGCUCAAGGAGUACUCCAAAUCAAUGGACGAGAGCCGGCUGGACAGGGUGAAGGAGUACGAGGAGGAGAUCCACUCCCUGAAAGAGCGGCUGCACAUGUCCAACCGGAAACUGGAGGAGUACGAGCGGAGGCUGCUGUCCCAGGAGGAGCAGACCAGCAAGAUCCUGAUGCAGUAUCAGGCCCGCCUGGAGCAGAGCGAGAAGAGGCUGAGGCAGCAGCAGGUGGAGAAGGACUCACAGAUCAAGAGCAUCAUCGGCAGGCUGAUGCUGGUGGAGGAGGAGCUGCGCCGGGACCACCCCACCAUGGCUGAGCCCCUGCCCGAACCCAAGAAGAGGCUGCUCGACGCUCAGGAGAGGCAGCUUCCCCCCUUGGGUCCAACAAACCCGCGUGUGACGCUGGCCCCACCUUGGAACGGCCUGGCCCCCCCAGCCCCGCCCCCCCCACCCCGGCUGCAGAUCACGGAGAACGGCGAGUUCCGAAACACCGCAGACCACUAGCCCGCCCAGCAUCACAGACCUCCGCCGCCUUCCCUGGGCCCCGCCCCCGGAACAGCACCAACCACCAGGACUGGACGUCACCGAGGGACAGCGGGAUUGGGAUUGCCUCCCUGAACGCCUCCUUGGGGGGCAUUGGCUCCCCGCCCCCAUCGCACCAUUGCCAGGAGGGAAGGGGGGACCCUCAGUUGCCCUCUUUUCCUUCCUGUUGGGGUGCUGCCCCCUCUCUGACCCCCAGGGACCCUUGCCCCAAGACACCCCCUACCCUACACAGACCCCUCCACUCUGGGGUGCUAUCCCCAUCCUCUGCCUCAUCGUUCCCCUGAGCACUGGGGGACAGACCCUCACCCCCACUCUGGGGGUGUGGCACCUCCAAACUUUCAACUUCAGGGUGAUUUUUUAGCAGUAACCAGAGCUGACAAUCUAACUCCCCUCCACCGCCCCAUUGUGGCCUCCCCUGCCCCCCUUGUUAUGGGGAGGGGACCCCGGGUGAGGGGGCCCUAUUAUCCCUUGAUUUCUCAGGAGCGUCUGGGGGGGCUCAGCACGCACAAACUCCUCCUCCUUCCACUCCUAAAGUUACUCCCUCCCCACCCAGAACCCAGAUGGGGUGGAGGGGGCCACCGGGGCAGGGAGGGGGCGGCAAGGGGGGAAUGGGAGCGGUCUCCCCUUCUUCUCACACCUGAUCUGCUCUCGGCUGGUCCCAGAGCGGGGUGAGGGGGCUUAUGCCCCCCCCUCCCCCAGUGUGUUGGGUGGGGUGGAGUUGAGGUUAGGGCCAGGGGUUAGGGUUUUGGAGGGUGUGUUGGGGGGGAGACAGGUAGUCAAUCUGUUUUACCCCAACACACAGUCUCCCCACUCCUCCUCUCUCUCGGUCUCUACUCCCGGGGGGAGGGGGGAACUUACUCUAGGAAAAGCCAUGUCUCUCUCCCCCAGGGUGGGGGGGACCUGCGUUGGAGGAGGGGUGUUGGGGGGCCCCCUUCCGUGACUGUCCCCCCGGGGAGGUAGGACAGGACUGGGCUUCCCUCUCAUCCUCUCCCCUGCCCCAAUCUCCUUCCACCUCCCUCCCUCCCGCCAGUCCACAAUUUUUCGGUGUUUCUCUGUACAUAGCUCUCUGGCGGGAUAGGGGAGGUAGGACGGAUGGGGUUUGGGGUGGGUCGGCCUUGGGAAGGAAGAAGCCCCUCCUUGGUAACCCCUCUUCCCUGACUGCUGUCCUCUACCCAGCCUUGUUCCCUCCUCUCUUGCGUUUGGUAUUGAGACUUCCCAGACUCCACCCUUUCUUUUGUAUGGACAGUUCCCCUUCAGUCCCAUCCCCCUACACACAUACACCCAGCCGGGGCCAAAUUUAUACUUAUAUAAAAGUUGUAAAUAUGUGAAAUUUUAUCCCUGUGCCCUCUCUGCUUUCCCCACCUCAGGCCCUGCCCUAGGACCCCCUUCCUCCUCUUUGGCUGUUGUAAUUAUCUGGGGUUUGUACUGUACAUAUCCGGGGUGUGUGUGUGUGUGUGUGUGUGUGUGUGUGUGUGGGCUGGGGGCGACCCCUCUGUACAGAGCUUCCUGGCCCCCUCCUCCCCUGUCCUCCCUCCUCCAAGGGUAGGAAGGUGCUCUUUCUACUCGUUUUAUUUUGUUUUCUCGUUCUCCCUCCCGACCCUAUUCCCAGCCUUCUCUGUCCCCAACCACUGGCCCCCUUUCUCCCAGCCCCAUUUCCUUUUUUUCUGGAGUGUGUGGUGAAACAAAAAUCAUGUUUAAUAAACGGAGAUUGUUCUUUUA